AUGGCCCCAUCAAACGAUGUAUCGGCGCAGGAACAUACAAGCGCCGUGGAUAGUGCUGCCGAUUUGUCUAAGGCCUGGACGGAACUCUUAAAGGGCGAGAAAACCGCAGAAGCGCUUGAAAAGAGUCUCACCCCUCUUGAAAAGAAGAUCGACGAUUUGCUCGCAAGUCUGGAAGAACCCGAGCAACUAGCGGAUGCCGGAGCAGCCUCCGAGCAGACGAAUCCCGAAGGCGGGAGCAGUGAAGAUCAGGGAGGAAAGCCGUGA